CAAUGAACUGUCAACACUGAUGGAACAGGCGUAACGCGAAUUCAUUGCGGGUAGAAUGAGAAACGAGAAGGAUAGCGCUAGUCAGGGCAAAACAUUGGCAAAACAUCGUGGUCCAUUGUGUGCGGUGAAUUGUUGCAAUAGACGCAGAAAAGAUGUGAAAAUCAAGUUUCACAGGAUACCUACAGAUCCUAACAUGAGGAAAUUGUGGUUACAUGCUAUAAGAAGAGAAAACUUUACUCCCAGUACAACAACGGUAAUUUGUGAAAAGCAUUUCACUCCAGAGGAUUAUGAAGUUAGUGUUCAUGGAAAUAAGGUACUAAAAAAGGUAGCAGUUUCAUCUGUGUUUGAUUUUCCAGCCCAUCUCAAGAAGGAACCUAGCCAUCGAAGGGUUUUGAAAAGAAAACCUGAAGAAUCCAACUCAAAAGCAACAGAACAAACUUUGGCUAUUGGUGAAGUAGUAGAAGAACCUGAAAAUGGAGAUCAUGCUGAUGAUGGAAAUAUAUUGGCAGCUGGUCCUUCAAACGUAACACAAAAACUAGGAUUUUUAGAAUCAAGUGAACCUUCAACCUUCAAGCAUAUGCAAUUUAAGGGUCAGAAGAUCACCAGUAUACUUUGGGGAUUUCAAAAUUUUUGAUUAAAAUAAUGUGCAGCGUAGGAAGAGAUUUUGGAAAACUGCUCAUGAAACUGUUCAUAAGUACAAAAAUAUUAACAAGUACAAUCAGUGUAAAAUUCGUAGACAAGGAAAUAAAAUAAAAAGUCUGAAUAGUCUGGUAGAUGAACUACUUAAGGAGAAGAGAAUAGUGACAACAUCUGAUUCUGAUUGCAUGCUGCUGAAUCGGAAAAAUAGAGGAGGUUUAAUCAAGCCUACAAAAGAUGUUGUAAAAAUUUGUAUGGAUGCAAAAGGUAUAAUAAAAACUGAAACAAACUUUUUCAUCCUAAUAUAAUGUUAAGAUUGGUCUCUGCUGCAAUGAGAAAUUUAAAUUUGAACAAGGUCUUUUUAUGUUUAUCUAAGCACUCU